UUUAUUCUGAGCCAACAAAAGACAGAUCAACUUAGAUCCUCUAAGUAACUGAAUGAGAGACAAUUCAUCCAAUUGCUUUCUAUUUGGUACUGCCUUAACUUUUUGGGGUAUCAUGUUACUCCCUGCUCAGGAACCUCAGUGCAGCCUGACGUCAGUGAGACUGUGACCAUUUGCAAGGAGAAGGAGUUCCCUUUCAUCAUCUUGCCUUUCCAUGGCAGCUGCUUAAACUUGCCUCCCCAAGAAUCAAAAAAAAGACCACCUCAUGGAAUUGACCAAGUGGACUCCUCAGGGAGGCCCCAACCAGACCCACGCCAGCAAUGUCCUGGGGCACCUGCUGAGGGUCUACAUGGAGGGGAGGAAUGGUACCAACUCUACCCGGGCCCUGAAGCUUCCAGAUGGGACCAGCGCCGCCUGGUACAUCCUCACCAUAAUUGGCAUCUAUGGAGUGAUUUUCCUCUUCCGGUUGGCCAGCAACAUCCUCAGAAAGAACGAUAAGUCCUUGGAAGAUAUUUAUUACUCAAAUUUGACCUCCGAACUGAAAAUAAAAGGACUCCAGAGCAAGGUAGCCAAAUGCUCCUCAUUGACCAUUAGCAACAGAGCUGUCCUGAAGCCGAACCAGGCCAGCCUGGGGCCCACGUGUGGAAACAGUGGACCCCAAACUGAAAUUCAAAGCAUCCCGUGA